GGCGGACGGCGUGAGUUGUUGCGAUUGUCGAUAUAUUGAUUUUUAUGCAUUUCAAUUUAUGGUUUUCUGAGCGAUUGUUUCAAUAUAAUAUUUAACUUUCAGGUGCAUAAGAAUCAGACAAUCCUGAGAUGAGCUCAGAGGCACCAGAGCAGCCAACUGCUGAGGAUGUCUCCUUUGCUGACAUUCUGGACCAACCGGAGGGGUCCAACCCGUCACCUGCGGAGAAGGUGAAGGAGGCUGCUGUGACAGAGGCUCCCUCCACAAAUGGAGAUGCCGCACCAGAGACAGAUGGCACUGUAGAACCUGCAGAGCCGAUGGAGGUGUCUGAAGGGGUGACAGGUGCAGCUGGUGAUGCAGGGGCCACCUCAGAUGAAGUGGCAGCUGCAGAAGAGACCAAGGUGGCUGAAGAAGUGCCUGUGGAUGCAGAAGCAGCACCAAUGGACGAUGAAGCACCGGUCACUGAUAAUGCACCUGCUGCUGCUGAAGCUCCUGCUGCUGCUGAAGCUCCUGCUGCUGCUGAAGCUCCUGCUGCUGCUGAAGCUCCUGCUGCUGCUGAAGCUCCUGCUGCUGAUGAAACAGUUGGUGCUGAGGAAGCACCUACAGCCAAGACUGAAGAAAACUCUGCCCCAGAGAAAUUGAAAAUGCCUUCAGGGGAGACGGCACCAGCUGAGUCUCCCGGUGAGGCUGCCAGCUCCAAAUCCAAAGAAAGCCCAGAACCUGAGCACUCUGCCAAAGAAAGUUCUGCAUCAGAUUCUGCAACUAAAGAGGAUGCUCAGAUAGAAUCUGUCUCUGAAAAAGCUAAAACUGAAUUGAAACCCACUACAAAAUCACCAGGACAAGUCGCUAAGCCAGCAUCCAAGCAAACAGCAGAUACGAAGCCUAAAACAGCCUCGAAAAUCACCACUGCAGCUUCAAAGACUGAUGCUAAGCCCACCAAGACUGCUGCAGCAUCUGAUAACAAGUCGUCAGCGCGGAAGCUCCCGCCGGGCGCGGAGCCUAUUCGGGAGUUCAGCAAUAAGGCCAAGACGCCGGAGCCGGAGCUGACUGAGCUGGAGAAGCUGUGGAAGCCAGUGAAGCAGAACCCAGCGGACUUCACAGCCUGGACGCUGCUCAUUCAGUACGCGGAGAACCAGGUACGUGCCCGGAGACGGGAGGGGACGUCUUCUCGGCGAAAAGGUGUGUCCUCCAUUCUGUUCAACAUGCUGCUUUCCUCCUUUGUUUCAUUUUCAGAUGCUGGAUUUAUUACUUUUCGGGUGAUAGACAGUGAUGUGUCUGUGUGUUUAACCCACUCCUUUCUCAAACAGAUUCAGUAUGGACGACAAAGAAGCGUAGUAGUCGCAGCUUCCUGCUUCAUGGAGGACAUUCGCAGCGUGCUGAAGGCGUUCCUGGCGCGGUACCCCUACUGCUACGGCUACUGGAAGAAGUACAGCGACCUGGAGAAGAAACGAGGCACGAUCGAACUCUGUAAUGAGGUGUUUGAGGCCGGCCUGGCGGCGGUGCCUCUCAGCGUCGACCUGUGGCUCCACUACCUGCACCACCUGCGGUCAGUGUAUGAAGACAAACCGGAGGUGGUGCGCGCCGGCUUCGAGCGGGCCGUGGCCGCCUGCGGCACAGAGUUCAGGUCGGACCGUCUCUGGGAGCAGUACGCCAGCUGGGAGGCAGCCAACAAGGAGCCGGUGAAGGCGCUGGCCGUCUACAAACGCGCCAUCGCCGUGCCGACUCUCUCCUACAGGACGCACUUUGAAAACCUGGAGCAGUUUGUCGGCGAGACGCCGCCGCAGGAGCUGCUCACCGUCGAGGAGUUUCUGGAGGCGCGCCGCGCCGUACUGGCCGAGCUGCGGGCCUCGGAGCCGGCGGCGGCGCCCCCUGCAGCCUCCACGGACCUGCUGCCGCCCGGCUGUGACGAGCCGCCGCCCGGCGUGCCCGCCCAGCCGGCGGGACUGAGCUCAGACGAGGAGUGUGUGAAGCUUCGCGCCAAAAUUCUGGCGCCACUGCGUCAGCUGCACAAGGACACGGAGAAGCAGGUCUCGCUCAGAUGGAACUUCGAGGAGGGGAUCAAGCGUCCGUACUUCCACGUGAAGCCUCUGGAGAAGGUGCAGCUGAAGAACUGGAAGGCCUACCUGGAGUUUGAGAUCGAGCAGGGCGACAAGCACCGCAUCCAUGUGCUGUUCGAGAGGUGCAUGAUCUCCUGCGCUCUCUAUGAGGAGUACUGGCUCAAGUAUGUGCGCUACCUGGAGUCUCUGGAGCCGUGCGACUGGGACGCGGUCCGCUCAGUGUACCGGCGCGCCUGCUGGACCCACCUGCCCGACAAGCCGGCCAUUCACCUCAUGUGGGCCACCUUCGAGGAGAAACAGGGUGACCUGGACGCCGCCGCCGAGGUGAUGCGGAGAAUCAGCGCCCAGGUCUCGAUGCUGGAGGUAACUCUGCGCAGCAUCAACCUGGCCCGGCGCGCCGGAAAGCUCGACGCCGCCGAACGGAUGUACGCCGAGGCGCUGAAGAGCACCGAACACCGCGAGACGGCCGUCGUCAUCGCCGUCAAGUUCGCCCGCUUCCUGAAUAAGAUUCGCGGCAAUCGCGAGAAGGCGCUGGAGGUUCUGAAGGAGGCCAUCCGGCUCGACCAGACCAACAUGCGUCUUUACAUGCAGCUGGUGGACGUGGCCUUCCAGAGCCGACCGGUGGAUGUCGCCCUGGUCAAGGAGACGUUCCAGACGGCCCUGGAGGCGCCGUUCGAGCAGAAGGACAAGCUGACGCUAACACACCGGCGAAUGGAGUUUCUGGAGGAGUUCGACACGGACGCAGAGAGCAUUCAGAAGGCGCACGAAGAAUACUACGGCCUGCUGAAGGUCGUCAAAGCCGAGGCCAAGAAGAAGAAGCAGGAGGAAGAGGCCGCCGCCGCCGCCUCCAAGGCGAAAACCCCCUCCGGCAAGCGGAGCGCCUCAACCUCUUCAAACGGGACGGACAAGAAGGCGCGCACGGACUCGACCUCGGGCGCCGGCAGCGGCACCCACAUCCCCACCAUCACCGAGACUCCGGCGCGGGCCACCAAGGCCGCCCCGACACCCUACCGCGGCGCCGCACCCGGCGCGCCGGGGCCCCAGUUCUCCCAGCCGCCCCCGGUUCCGCCGCAGGCUGCCUACCAGGGCUACAACCAGAUGCCCCCGCAGCAGCAGCAGCCGUACCAGUACCCGCCGGGCGGAUACCAGCAGCAGGGGGCGCCCGGCUGGACCGGCUACCCGCCCCAGUACAACUACAACCAGUACGGACAGGGCUACCAGUACCCCUACCAGUAGCGGUGACAUGAAGAAAGUCUGGUGUGAUUCUCGGCCGAUAGGUGUCUCUGCGGACGGUGAGGUUCAGUUUAUCAUCUUGAGACCGAUUUGAGGCGAGCUGACAAGACCGAGGGACCUUGAAGUGUUUUGUACGGGAGUGAUGUGAUGCACAGACCAUUGUGUGAAGUGAUGGGGUCUUGUGACAGCUGGGAUUUCAUUUGGCUGCGUCGGAGCUGCUCUAGGUCCUCCUUGUGCUAUGAACGUGCGGAUCGACUCGUGGUGGCUCCAUGGUCAUUCUGGGCCACCCGUACUGUCUCCCAUGGUGUGUGUCACUGGCCCGGGUAUUCGCCAUACGUCAGGGUUAUUCAUUUGAUCACCACACUUCUCGUGUUGUGCGCACGGGCGGUCAUCAAUAAACUGAUACUGAGUAUC